CCGAAUUUUUCCAACUUUACUCAAGCGCGAUGCUUUCGCGCCUCGGCUCAAUUUAAUAAUUAAUAGGAAUUUUUCAACGUUACGUGCUGUGUCAUUAACUAAGAACUUAUUUCUUAUUAUGGAAUUUAAAUGAGAGUGACUUUUCAGUGAGUGAAAUUUAAUCGCCGCACGCUUCGUUGAUCAGUAAACUAACUAUGGCGGUUCGGAUAUCCCAUUUAUUCCGUAAUAGAUUUAAACAAUUUUUUAGAACCUAUAGUACAAAUUCAGCUGAGAUAAGCAAAGCUAAGGAUCCUGAAGUGACUGAGCAAGUGAAGGAACGGCUACUAGAUCGUUGGGCAAAAUAUUGGAAGAAUCUCUUCAUUGACUACAGAGAUGUGGCUAAGGAUGUUGCACAAGGAUGUAAGGAUCGGCCUAUUCGUGCUUCAAUCUAUUUCUCUCUUCUAGGCAGUGUAUACUACUUUUCACGACACAACCCUAGUGCAGAUUCAUACAGAAACAUGUUGAUAGAAGAAUCAAACAAGAUGAUGAUGGUUGGAGAACCAAUUCGGAAUCGUCAAAGUGUAAGGCAUUUGAAAUCGAUAGAACAGUGCUUCAAUGAAGGGAUCAUACGCAGGUUGAGCUUGGGGAUUGUUUCUUUUAUAUGGUUGGAUAACUACGAUAAAGAAUGUGCUCACUACAAAGCAACAUGUUCGUAUCUCAAACCACAGUAUUUAGGAUUUCAUCACAGAAUAGUUGACAUUGGUUUCAUGGAUAAGUGGUUGCUACUGGAGGACAAAAUGACUGAUUUUGAUAUAAAUGAAGAGGAAUUUAAAGACUUCUCCACUUCGCCAGAUAAAAUCGGCUCAUAAUGAGAAUAUCGAAUAUUAUUGACGGAUAAAAUUAUAAAUAUUAAUUAUUAUAAUAGUAUUUAUACAUAUGUACAUAUAGAAGGUUUAUUCAUUGAAUAAAUGUGCCUUCACACACAA